UUCAACCUUCUCCCUUUUCCCUUCUCCUUUGCUCUCUGAAUCUCUCCCGCUUUCCUCCAUUUUCUCAGCAUCCAAACACCAUCACAGAUCUCUUCCCUUACCUUCUUCAAAUUCUUCUUCGAUUUCCAUCGAUUUCCCCCAAUUCGCAACACUCAAGGAGCUCACUGGAUCUUGGCCUCUCCGUCUCUUCAACGCUGCUCCAUGUCGGGUUCUCCAGCUCCCAACUCCUCUGGCCACCCGCCGGAGCAGAUCAUGCUCUCUCUUAAACGCCACCUCCCUUUCUCUUCUAUCAAACCACCAUUUGCAUCUCCUGGGGACUAUCACCGCUUUGCCCUCGACUCUCCACUCGUCGAUCAACAACUUGACUCUAUCGUAGUCAAAUCUCCGCAAUUGAAGCGGAAGAGUGAGGCAGCAGAUUAUGAAGCUGAGUCAACUGAUAGAGCAGCUGGUCCUAGAUUUACUGAAGUAGUUAACAGUUCCCAUCAAACACCUGUAUCUGUAAAAGGAGGAAAGGGAAACAAAUCAAGGCUAACCAAAUGCAGUAGAUCAGGGCCACAGACUCCCAUGUCAAAUGUUGGUUCACCUUAUGCAAACAAUCUUACUCCAGUUGGUCCAUGCCGUUAUGAUAGUUCUCUUGGUCUCUUGACAAAGAAGUUUAUUAAUCUGAUCAAACAAGCGGAAGAUGGUAUUCUUGAUCUAAAUAAAGCAGCCGACACGUUGGAGGUACAAAAAAGACGAAUAUAUGACAUAACAAAUGUCCUUGAAGGAAUUGGUCUCAUAGAAAAGAAGCUUAAGAACAGAAUUCAGUGGAAGGGGCUUGACGUCUCAAGAUCAGGGGAUGUUGAUGACAACUAUGCUGGUCUACAGUUACAUGUGCAGGCGGAAGUAGAGAACCUUUCCAUGGAGGAGAAUGGAUUAGAUGAACAAAUAAGAGAGAUGCAGGAAAGAUUAAGAGACCUCAGUGAAGAGGAGAACAACCAAAGGUGGUUAUUUGUAACCGAGGAAGACAUCAAGGAGUUGCCGUGUUUCCAGAAUGAAACUCUUAUAGCUAUUAAGGCUCCCCAUGGAACCACUUUAGAAGUUCCAGAUCCUGAUGAGGCUGUUGACUACCCCCAAAGGAGGUAUAGGAUAGUCCUCAGAAGCACCAUGGGCCCCAUUGAUGUUUACCUUGUCAGUCAGUUUGAAGAGAAGUUUGAGGAGAUAAAUGGUGUGGAAGUGUCCCCAAGCUUGCCGUCAAGUUCUGGGUUUAAUGAAACACCUGCAGCAACGCUAGUAACGGAUGAUACCAGGGGAAAGGAAGUUGAAACACGGGAGCAAGAUGUAAAUAGAAUGUGCUCUGAUCUAAAUGCUUCGCAGGACUUCGUGGGUGGAAUUAUGAAAAUUGUUCCCUCGGCGGUAGAUAGUGAUGCUGAUUACUGGCUCUUGUCUGAUGCUGAUGUUAGCAUCACUGACAUGUGGAGAACUGAACCUGGCGUUGAGUGGAAUGAGCUGAGUACAUUUCAUGAAGAUUACAGUAUUGAUAAUGUCAGCACACCCCAAGCCCAGAAUCCACCUUCCAAUAAUUCACCUGAUGCGCCUUCUGCUAAUCCUUCUAGCAGUUAAAACUGUAAAGAGGAUUCAUUGAGAUAAAUCCGAUGAUCGAUGCUACGACCAAGCAAGAACUUGUAUGAUGUAUGAUCCUCGCGAUCCUUCCUUAUGGUGCAGGAACUGGAACCUAUGAUCUCGGAUCCUGGAGAAGCUCCUCUACCCAAAUGCUAGAGUGGAAACCGAUGGGAAGGGCGCCUGUGUACAGUUUAGUAUUAGAAAUGUAUAGUAAAUAAGUCAUUUUCAUAUUGUACAAUUCUUUGUUUCAUGGUAAGAAUACCAGGACAUUCAUUUAAGUCACAGUUCACACGUCUCAUGUGCAAAGCUGUAACCCCCCACCUCACGAGUUGAAUUAUAUUUCCAGUUUCUGGUAUCUACAUAUACUUUUUAAUGGAUCAUUUCAGUUCCUAA